CAAGAACCCACCGACCACCCACCUGCCUAGAUAUAAGACGAAAUUAGUCAUUGUUCCCAGUCCCAACAACUACAGUCUUGAACGAAAGUGAAUUGUAGACUGAUUCAAACCGAAAGAGAGCCAAUCUUUUGGGGCCAGCCCCUCUCAAAGUAACCACUUUGAGCACUUGAUCCUUAAUCGUUUCUGUGGUCCGCUUUCUUUCCAUCAUCGACAUCAUCCAGGUGGAUUUUUCGGACGCUGCCAAGCUCGAAUCGGGUUGGGACUCGCAAGAAGCUAAAGAGGAAGAGGAAGAUUUCUGGUCAUAGUCCAUAUGCAAAACGUAUCGUACAAUUAUUACUCCUUAAAAAAAUUGGAAAUUAUGGCCAACGGGGAGCUGCCCAAAGAAUUUGAGGUCAUUGUCAUUGGAACAGGACUAGAGGAGAGUAUUGUGGCAGCGGCGUGUGCCCGUAAUGGCCAUUCUGUGCUCCAUUUAGAUUCUAAUGAUUUCUAUGGGGAUCAGUGGGCUUCGUUUACGUUUGAAGGAUUGCAGAAAUGGCUCGAUGGGUCUCGAGCUAAAUCUGACGAGAAAGAAGAUUCUCAAGCCGAGCCCAAAGUGCUAAAAGAUUUGCUCGAGAACGGAGAAACACUCCUACCGUUGGACCAUGAAAAAACUGUGACAAAGAUAUCCGAAGAUUUCCAUGCCAAGGAAGUGAAAGAGACUCUCAAAUCUGACGAGGAGGAGGAAGAAAGAAAAUCUGAUACACCGGUAGUCGUUGAGCCUUGGACGAAAGCGAAGCUUUUGGCUAAUUCGAGACAUUUCAAUCUUGAUUUGACUCCACGAUUGCUCUUCUCCAAGGGAUCUAUGGUGGAGCUCUUGAUAUCCUCCAACGUAUCGAGAUACACGGAAUUCAAGUCCGUGACAAGAGUGUUGACACAUUUGAACGGCAAACUAGAACAUGUUCCCAGCUCUCGUGCCGAUGUUUUUUCCACCAAGCACAUUUCUGUGAUUGAAAAAAGGCUCCUGAUGAAGUACUUAACGUUCUGUCUUAACUACCAAGAACACUUGGACAAAAUCGAACCUGACCUUCAACGGCCGUACGAAGAGUUCUUGAAAAAAGAAAAGCUCACACCUACCCUGAUCCACUUCAUUAUGAAUUCCAUCGCCAUGGUCCCGAAAUCUGUUAAUUGUGAGGAAGGAUUGAAGUCGACCCAAAAAUUCCUGGCCAGUUUAGGACGAUUUGGUUUUACGCCGUUCCUUUGGCCAAUGUACGGUACGGGUGAACUUCCACAGGCGUUUUGUCGAUUAAGUGCUGUCUUUGGGGGCACUUACUUUCUGAGCCGACCCAUAGAUGGGAUCAUUUAUAAAGAGAAUCAGGUUCAAGGUGUCAUCGUGGAUGGGCAACGAAUCAAUUGUUCAUAUCUAGUCAUUGCCAGAAAGUUGUGCCCACAAGCCCUGAGAACCGAAUCCAACGAGAAGCAAACAGUUUUUCGCGAUAUCCAUCUUCUGAAGUCUUCGAUUUUGACUUCAGAAAAGGAGGAGUUGUCAUUUCUGACUCUGCCCGGAUCGGAAGAAACGGAGGAUGGUCAAAGUCAAUCUUAUGUCAUGGAAGUGGGACAUGGAGCCUCUGCCUGUCCACGAGGCAUGUAUUCAUUGCAAGUCAAUUCUCUGAAAAGUGACACUUUUGAGACGAUGGUGCAACCGCUUUUGACCCAGGAUCAAUUGAUUUAUUCUUUACGGUGGAAACGCACUUACGAGACUUUGAAAAAGACGCUUAAUGGCAAUGUUGCGUUGUGCCAUGACCCAGUUUUCGAGCUGGAUUUCGACGAAGCCAUUGCACAUGCACGAAACAUGUUUGAUGCCAUCUUCCCCGGAGAAGAUUUCCUUCCUAGAGCUCCUGAACCCGAAGAAAUCAUCUUGGGCGACGAGUCUAUUACAGCUGAAGAGGAAGUUGCCCAUGAUGAGAAUCCACCCAAGCCUGAAGAACGCACUUCGACAGAGGUGAAAUCCCAAGAUCCCAAGAAGAGUGAAAAAGAGAAGGUUGAGGAUGAUCAAAAAGAAGAAAGCAUGUUGACAGAACAAUCUGCAGCCAAUGAAAACGAAGCACAAGACCAGUAAUUAUAUUGAACCGACGGGUUUUAUGCCUAUUAUUGGUUAAGUAUUAACAUUUUGCAAGGUAUAUACGAAUCAGAUUUUGA